AUGGAAGUCGACUACGCCACCCAUGACUUAAACUUCUCCAACGCGUUCAUCUGGAUCGAGAUGUUGCAGGACAUCGUCUCUGAAGCCAAAGCACGUUUUUCCCGCACUUUGAAUGCCAAUUUAUCCAUAAAUCAUCAUCCUCGAAUUCACUGGUGGUUUCGAGUAAUUCCAGUUCCAUCGUUCCAGAUGUUGGUUUUGGUGAUGGAAAUGGUAGUACGAAGCAUGGGUUUGAUUAUCACGGCGAUGUUGUAUGCCAAUCACUAUUAUGACACGAUCCUUUACUAUGGCGCCUACAUGAUAUUCGGUGCAAACACCUUCACGUUUUCCGAUUAUUUCGUGGGAGAUUUGUUUGCAUUCUGGGGACUGCAAAAUAGUCGCUUUAAAUCCAUGGUUGAGUAUGUUUACAAACAACAAAUUAUACAUCAGCCAUCUGGUCGUUUCUUGAAAAGACUUCGGCAAGUUUUCCCCUACAUGUUUUGGAGUAAAGUCAACUUUGUGGUGACAUCAUCUGGUGCUUCAUGUACUGCGAUUAGUGAUCACAACGACACAUUUGUUAGUUGUCAAUUCAGAAACGAAACCUUUAUCCAUGGGAUUUUCAACAACCUAAAUCAGGCUGGUUUUUCCCCACAAGCAUCGUCAACACUAGCAUCUACCACAUUCAUUUCAGUUGCAUUAUGGGCGGCAUUUUUCACCAUAAGCAUUUUUUUCUUUUCCACCGUGAAUAUAUUACGUUCGCCGGUUGUCAAUGGGCAACACGUGUCGUCGGCGGUGGCUGGUAUAAAGAGAGGCUGGAGCCCAAAUAGCAUAGCUACAUAG